AUGCCUUUCGUCGCCGUUAUCACUUCCGAAAUCCCCUCCGAGAAGAAGGACGACUUCCUCGGACACUGGCCCCUUAUCAAGGGAGGCAUCUCAAAGCAGCCUGGUGUUCUGGGCGUUGCGGGAGGUGAAGUCGUCAACGAGAACGGCACGCCCGUGACCGGAUUCAAGUUUCUGCAAACCAUAACGUUCAAUUCGGAGGCCGACGACAAAGCCUUUUCCGAAUCAGCAUGGUUCAAGGAGCGCGAGGCACAGCUCAGCAUCAGCAACCCUGGCGGCCAGCCACGCAUCAAGAAGUUCGAGACCGGACCUGUGCCCAGCGAGAGGCCCAAGGCCUUCACCCAGUUCACGUUCCUCGACGUGGCGGACGAGAGCAAGCACGAGGCGGCGAAGCAGGCUUGGCUCAACCUCGUCGCCGCCCUCGGCCAGUCGGUGCACUAUGGCGGCAAGAGUGUUGGUGACGGGCCGAGCACCGGGUUGGGCAUCCUGGGCUGGGACAGUGAAGAUGAGAUUAAAGCGGCGUUCGCGAAGCCCGAGGCCCAGGCUGCUCUGCAGAAGUACCAGAGCUUCGGGGAGGGCGGCAGCGUCCUGGUCAAGCUCGACGUGUGA